ACAUAACUAAUUAUAAUGAUUUACUAUUAACAUUAUCUCUAAAUUUACUUCAAAGUUAAUUAUACAAAUUUAAGCUUAAAACUGACAUUUGAAAUAUUACAUUUAUCCUUACAUCUUUUAAGCAGUAAAUAUAAAACUAACUUAUAAUAAAAUUAUAUCAAAAUCUACUUUUGAUACAGAAAAUGUUGACCAACUACUACAACGUCUCUACUUCUGAAACUGAUGAAGAUAUUUCGUCUGUGUAUAUUUUUAGAAUGUGCAUACAUUUUAUUCUACCAACCAUUGGCAUUUGUGCAAACUUAUCGGCGGUAAUUGUUUUUAUCAACUGCAAACUUCAUCGUGGAUCCUUCACCUAUUUAUUGGUAUUUCAACAAUCCUUGAUCGAUUUGCUAGCAAAUUGUUCCUAUUUAAUAUUUUAUGUUAUUGGAACUAAAAUAUCAAAACUAAACGAUAUUUACUGUAAGUCAUAUACACUCUACUACUUCUUCAUAUUUUCCUCAUCGCUAAAUCUUGUUUUCAUUUCUGUGGAGAGAUACAUCGCAGUAGUGUUUCCGUUUAAGUACAGGAUAAGACGUGACCACAAAAGAAGCAUGUUACUACGGUUGUCUCUUCCAUUCAUAGCUGCAUUUAUGAUAACAUUUCAAUUUGUCUUUAUAAGAGCCAAACAUCAUCAUUACUCCUACUGUACCUUUAAUUACAAAAACAAAAUCAUUGGGAUAUUUUCAGGUAUCUUUAUUUUUUUAAGUAUCGUAUGUUUCAUUUGCGUUAUGAUAUUUUGUUACUAUCGUGUUUACGUCACAUUGACGAAACAAUCUAAAAUUCGAGCAGAAUUGACAAAUCAAUCACAAAAAAACCAUACAAACACUGCAGGUGAAAAUGACCAAAACGUACAGGAUUUUGAGAUGGGCAAUUCACCAAUACAAUCAUAUAAUAUAAACAAGGCUCAACGGAAUUUCAUCGAUACUAUGUUUAUUAAUACACUCAUCUAUAUCGUCUGUAAUUUUCCUAUGGGCGUCUUGUAUCUGGUUCAUACAAUUUGCGAGUGUACUCAUUACAUAUUUUAUUACAUAUUCUUAUUCAUGGUGCUCUUAAACACGGUAGCCAACCCAUUUGUAUACGCCUACAAAUUCGAUGAUUAUCGGAAUGGAUUAUCUAGGACAUUCUGUCGACGGUGUUAAAUAAUAUUUAUAGUUCAUCAUGGACCCCAAAUACCGCCAUCAUCUUUGUCGUUAUCUUUACCGUAAUCGUUCUUAUAUUUGUAUCUCUCUCACUUUUUCAACAGCACCAUCUUUAUUAUUGUCACUUUUAGACACAAAGAGACUAUUUGGAAGUCGGUGUCCAUGCAUUCUUCCUUUCUACAUAGUAGUAGAUUGCGUUGCAAGUAGUAGUUGUUUUUCGAUAAUACAACGAUUAUUAGCAUUUAUUUUGUAAUGAAAUAUAAUAUAGCCAGCAGAAAGAGGCCAAUAUUUUUGUUCUAUUUUCUUUUUGUAUCCCAUUUUUCUAUCCCCCACCAUAGAUUUUCUGUCCUCCACUUUGGUCAAGAACUUCCGUGCUUGUUUCAAGCUUUGUCCAAGCAAAAACCAUAAUUAUAUCAAAUAUGCCCAUAUUAAAAUAUGAAGUCAUAUUAUAUUGAACAUUAAUAAGCGGGUAAUUAAUCGUGUGCCUUAACGCAUGUUACAGCUAAGUUAAACGCUAGCUACAGCUAGGUUAAACGCAAAAGUACUGUUACUCUUAGGCUAUGUUCACACACACACGGCGUAAGGCACGCUUAAGCAUGGCGUAGCGUACGCCUUUGUGUGUGAACUAGG